GCGGAAGACAACCUAGAUAGACCGCAUAAGAAUUACCGUUAGGAUUCAUACGACGUUAAUAUAAUCCUGUAUAUGAAGUGUGAUUUAAACUUGGAGAUAUAGUAGAAACCACUAAUUCCGACUAGUGUCAUUGGCUUGUUUAUGUUAUGAGAUGGCGAUCGUGAUGAAGGGGGGAGAUAAGUUGAUUGCCAUUAUCUCGAAAAGGGGGUAUAAAUAAAAACGGAGUCUCCCUGCAUCGGCAUGGUUCUACUAGUGUUAAGGAUAGGUAGUAAUAUCAAUGCUCACAUCACAUAAGAGAUGAGGCUCAUUUCGUCCUUGCUUGUGGUCUUGACCUUUGGGACGAAAAAUGUAAUAGGUCAAUCGGAAUAUCAGUAUGUUAUUGCAGGUAGUGGAGCCGGAGGAGGGCCAUUAGCAGUGGAAAUCGCGAAGGCCGGUUACUCGGUACUUCUCUUAGAAGCCGGAUCAGACCUCUCCGAAGAUCCAUUGUAUCAAGAUCCCGACAAAGCUACGGAGGCAAUCAACGAUCCAAGGACAAGAUGGGAUUUCUUCGUGAAACACUCUGAUGAUUCUGAGAGGGAAUUGAAAUAUGAGCAUACGACCUGGCGUACCACCAACGGCUCUUUAUAUGUUGGAUUAGAUCCUCCUAGAGGAUCGGAACCCCUAGGCAUCUUCUACCCAAGAGCAGCAACUCUGGGUGGAUGUGCAUUGCAGAACGCCGCCAUUCUCCAAAUGCCGAGUGACGAUAAUUGGAAUUAUAUAGCUAAUAUCACCGGCGAUGAUUCGUGGAAGGCUUCUGAAAUGAGAAAGAUUUAUGAAGAGAUCGAGAAUUGUAAUUACUUACCGAAAGGUUCGACCGGCCAUGGAUUUUCAGGUUGGCUUGAGACUAAUCAAAAUGAUGGUUCCUGGUUGAACAAUGCUACCGACGGGGCUACAGUCCUGAAAGCCAUAGCGGAAUUAACUAGUUCGGCAGGAAACAACACUGGAUCCGAAAUAUCAAAUGCUGAACUGAAAGAACUGUUGAAUAGAGACAUCAAUGGAGUUGAGCCCAACCGCGACCAGAUGACGGGCGUUUUCGCCAUGGCUACUCAUACUGAUUCGGCUGGUCGGCGAUUCAGUCCAGCGAACUAUAUUAAGAAGGCGUUGGAGGAGAAUCCAGACCUCCCGCUAACAGUCCAGCUUAACGCAUUUCUCACGAAGAUAUCAUGGGACCAGCUACAGGGUCCUCCUGCUGUUAUGUCGGUAGACUACGUCGUCGGUCCCAGCGCGUACAAAGCUGACCCUCGGUAUGACCCGAGCCGGAACACCACCGCAGGCUUUAGCUGGGUCGGUAAAGAAUUGAUCAUCUCCGCUGGGGCUUUUAAUACUCCUCAAAUUCUGAAACUUAGUGGCGUUGGUCCGGCGGAGGAACUCAACAAGCACAACAUCACCGUGGUAGCAGACGUCCCGGCCAUUGGCGAGAAUCUUGGGGACAACUACGAGGGCGGUGUCUUGUCCCUCGCGUCAAGGCCGUUUGAGGGGUUUGGUAAACCCUAUGCUGUGCAAUUGAAAACGUCUGCUUCGGCGCGAAAUCGUGACAUAUUUUUAUGGCCGAUAAACUCUGCAUUUGAGGGCUUCUGGCCCGGGUAUCCCUCGAACCGUGGCCCAAGCGCGUUUACUCUUCCGUUUGUCCUUAUGGACUCGCGUAGCUCAAAUCGGGGCACGGUCACCCUACGCUCUACAGAUCCAUUUGAACAACCCGAGAUAAACUUUCGAUUCUUCGAAGGGGAUAGCGACGAGGACUUGCAAGCUAUGCUCGAGGCUGUUGAGUUUAGCCAGAAGAUCAAAAGCUUGCUCGGGAGCUCCGGGCUGGCCCCUUUCGAAGAACUUCAUCCUUGUACAAGUGAAGCUAAAUGUACUGACCAAGAUAUUAAAGAGUAUCUUAAGUUGCAGGCUUAUUCACACCAUGCGACUGGAACAUGUGCAAUUGGCAGUGUAUUAGACUCGAGAUUCCGCGUCAAGGGAGUAAACCGCCUUCGGGUGGUUGACGCAUCAGUUUUUCCUAACCCCCCUGGCGCAUUCCCUGUUCUCCCCACGUUCGUGAUAUCGAAGAAGGCAGCAAAGGUCAUACUGGAGGAUGCUGAUGGGAUGAAUUAAAUAGAAGGAUCCAUAUUUAUUAACAAUUACUAUUAAGUGUAAGAUUGUAUCACACGCCAAACAUGCUCUUGGUUGUAAGUGACUACAUGAAUGUGCGUGCGUGUUACGUCGGCGGGUUAAUGAGAUGUUUACGCCCGGCUUAGUCCUUCUUGCCCGCCAGAACAGGGAUUACAGGAGCACAUUGGACACUGACCGAGUCGUUUCGAAUGCCACCCCUAAAGACGUUUGGCGCUCGGCUACUAUGUCUGUUUUUUUAUAGUAUCUCAACUUGGCAAGCCUGAUGUUGUAAAAUGUGCCAAUCCUGGGCUGUCUCUGUAGUUGUCCUGAAU